GAAGCUGCACCAUCAAUGGUCAGCUGACUAGUGAGGGCCCAUGGCACCGCCGGAAGAAGCUCCCGGCACCGGGAUGCCUUUAACAGUGAACUUAAAACUCAAGUAUGGAUGGCCCUUCCCGGACAUGAAGGAUCCCCCUCUCUCAUUUAAAGUAAAGAGUAGCAUUAUAAUUCCUUUGGUUGGAACUUUCAGCAAGAUUCUCUUAAAAUGGUGUAACAGUAUAAACGGUCACAAUAUAGAGCAACUACAGGAAUUGGUUGGCAAUAGGCCGGCAGGUGUGCCUCUUGUGACUGUAUCAAAUCAUUACUCCUGCAUUGAUGAUCCUACACUUUGGGGUUUGUUAAGAUGGCGAGAACUUUGGAGUGCUCAAGCAAUGCGUUGGUCCCCUGCUGCUCAUGAUAUUGCUUUCACUCGUCGUCUCUACAAUUGGUUUUUCAGCUCUGGAAAAUGUGUUCCUAUUAUCAGGGGACUGGGAGUGUAUCAGGAAGCAAUGGAUUUCUUGAUUGAGAGACUCCAGGCAGGUCAAUGGGUGCAUAUAUUUCCUGAGGGGAAAGUGAACAUGAGUAUGGAACACAUGCGCCUCAAGUGGGGUGUUGGAAGACUAGUGUAUGAAUCAUCAAUAUGCCCCAUUGUUUUACCAUUCUACCAUAUUGGAAUGGACACUAUUUUACCCAAUCGAAGUCCUUAUAUCCCCAGAGUGGGAAAAACAGUAACUGUUGUGGUAGGGGAACCCAUGGAUUUCAAGCAAUUAGUCUCAGAGAUGAAGGAAAAACAGGAGGACCCCGCCACAGCACGUAAAAUAAUCACAGACAGAAUCCAAGACGAACUAAAGAGAUUAAGGGGCAAAGCUGAAGAACUUCAUGAAAAAAUGCUUCAACAGAGAAAUCGAUGAGAAGAAAGAUAAUAGAAUUUCAAAUUAUAUUAUAUUUAAGGUAGUAAAUGAAAGUGUACACUCACUAAAAAAAUAUUCUGCACCCUUGACUCUGAAACCAUUUGCAGCAGAAGCCGUGAUGAGUGUUAUCAUAUUUGUUGGUCUGGUGUGUCAUAUUGUAUAACUCCGUAAAGGUGCAGAAUAAUCUUUUAGCGAGUGUACAUUGAGCUUGUUGCUUUCACUCCAGAUCAGUGACCAGUAAUGUCCAGGCCAAAGUAUUUGUAGUUUCUGUAUGUGAUGAAGAAACUCUAGGACAUAGAGAAGUUUAUAUAUGAAUGGCAUUGUUGUUGAAAUUUUAGAUGCAAUUAGUUUUUAAGAUUUUUGUAAAUGGAUCAUUUACUGCCUUUGGAUUUUUUUUUUUUUUUUUUUAAAUUUUAUAUGAAACUUAAUCUGGGCAUAUUUAAUCCAGACUCUGACUGCUAUUUUAUUUAUAAGUCAUGCAAGGAAGCAGCAUGUCCAGCACUGGACUCAACUGCCUUCACUUCCCCAACUUGUAAAGUUAAGUAUCCAUUUAUAUCUGGGUGUGCUAGGAGUGCCUGAGGAAUGAACCACCAACCAAUAGGGCAGGAGCCAAGUACUGUACUAUAUCCACUCCAGUCAACUGCCACACUGGGACUAAAUUCAUGAAAUCCAGAAAGUAGUAUCUCUCCUGACUUAACCAUAGCACCUAAAACUGAGCACUGUACAGUACUUGGAAACAUAACUAACCAUUCUUCCAUGCUAACACGUACUCCACAACCUGUUGCCAUGGUUACACACGGUAACAGGACCAACCAUAGUAUAUUCCUGCUAAUGGGAUGCACUGAGGCUUAUUCUAUUUUUUGAUAGGCAUGAACUUUAUCAAACAUAUAGACAUAUCUAACAUGUAAUGCCAAAAAAAAAAUUCCUAGCAAAAGCCAUUACUAUAUAAAUGGAGAUGCAUUUUUAUAGACAUUGUUUAGGCCAAAACACAUAAUACAAUACAGCUACAAAUGAAAAUAAACCCAUUUUAAAAUGAAAAUUUAAUAUUCUAUGAUAAACUAUGAUACACGAAAGACCUGAAUUUAACUUGCUAAAAUCAAUGUUGAUUGCUGCGUGUUGUGAUAGUGGCUUAGAGAUCUUGCAUUAAGAGUUGCUGGGAGGGAAGUCUUCAGUAAGAUACUGUACCUACAAGUGCAAACUGAGAGAGAGUAACGCUCGCUCGUUUUGAGCUGUGGUGGACAAAAUACAGUGCCGUACUGAACUGGAAAAAGUUACUUAUUUGUAAAAGUAUUGUUACUUUGAGAAAAACUUAUUCAACUAAACGUUGGGUAGAUACAAAAGGCACUUCAUUUUAAUAGAUGUUCCACAACUACUUUUUAAUAUUACACACUGAUGAGACGUACAGACUAAAGUACUGUAGUGAGAUAACCAUUGGCCUCCCUAAAUAACUAGUAAAUUAAAAGUACUGUAUCACUGUCUGAAAUGUUACUGUACUCAAGGAAAAAUAAACGUACCAAGAGGAAAAGUUACUCUCACGUAACUUAUUUGUUAACAAAAUAUAUGAGUGCAAUAUCAAGGCAACUUUUACUUCAUUACCACCCAACCCUAGAUUUCAGUAAUGGUAUUGCGAUGGUUUUGUUGUCUGGAUGAUAGGAUUAUUUAGGAGGAGCAGCAGCUGUUCAGUGCCUUUUUUUUUUUUUUUUAU